UAGGAUGGUGAAUGAUAAAAAUGUCUGCCUGGAUGUACCGCUACCGAAGAAGGAUCGCUUCCCCGGGAUAGUGAUCAUAAUAAUGCUCACGGAGUUCUGUGAACGAUUCUCGUUUUCUGGGAUGAGAGCGUUCCUAACUCUAUACCUGCGCAGCAAGCUGGGUUACAGCGACGAUGGAGCAACGGAGAUGUACCACGUGUUCUCCACAUUCGUCUACGUCUUCCCCAUCAUUGGAGGGAUUGUCGCUGAUAAUUAUUUGGGGAAAUUCAGGACGAUCCUAUACAUGAUGUUUAUAUACGCGGCGGGCAACCUGCUUGUCGCCGUAACCGCCAUUCCGCAGCUGCAUCUACCGGGAAGGCUGUGCACAAUGAUCGGUCUGUUAAUGAUCACCGUCGGUACCGGCGGUAUCAAGCCCUGUGUGACGUCAUUUGGUGGCGACCAGUUCAGCUCGCACCAAGAACAUCAGCUAGCCAUAUACUUCAGCGCGCUAUACUUCACCCUGUGCGUUGGCAGUCUAAUAGCCAAGACUGUGUCGCCUAUACUUCGCUCUGACGUACACUGCUUCGGAGAUAAAGACUGUUACUCACUGGCGUUUGGUGCGCCAGGAAUUGUGGUGUUGUUGUCUAUAGUGAUCUUCGUGAGUGCAAAGAAUAAGUAUCAUAUGAAGAAACCAGAGGCGAACAUUGUUGUCGACUUCGUAAAGUGUGUUUGUCUAGGCCUUAAAAACCUGAUAUUCAAAAGAAAGAAAGAGAAGGCAUCACAUUGGUUGGACACCACCCAUCCUCGGUACGACAAGACGUUCAUUAAAGACGUCAAGAGAAGUCUGUCCAUACUGACUCUAUUUACCACUGUACCUGUUUUUUGGGCAUUGCUGGAUCAGAUGGGUUCCCGGUGGACGCUGCAGGCGACGAAGAUGGACGGUCGGCUGGGGCUGAUGACCAUCAAACCCGACCAGCUGCAGGUGUUCGCGCCCAUCUGCAUACUCCUGUUUAUACCCAUCACGCAGAAGUUUCUCUACCCGUUUUUCGAGCGACGUAACAUUCUGCGGAGCCCGCUACACAAGAUGAUAUUAGGCGCGUGUCUGGCCGGCGUAGCAUUCGUUGCCUCUGGACUUGUGGAGAUAUACUUAAAGACAACCUACCCCGAACUCCCCGAGCCAGGCUUUGGCCAACUCAGAGUCUUCAACGGCAACCCAUGUUCGGUAGCCAUAUACAACGAUCAUGAAAACAUAGUGUACACUAUUCCGUCUCUUUCGCACUACGUGAAGAAGGACAUACGAGUGAACGAGAUGGCAAAUAUCACUUUGGGUAUCGGCGGGACUUGCAUAGAGCCGAGGGACGAGAUUUUGGUGUUAGAAGAAAAUGCGGCGAUUUCUUUCUUCAUUACCGGCAACACUGUUCAUAGGUUUAAGGAUAAUUUAGAUAAGAGUAAAUCUGGGUUGCCAGUUGUUAGGUUUUUAAUAUCAGAACGAUUAAACGACACCGUGACGUUCUACAAUGAGGACAUGAAAGACGUGGAGGCGGCACUACAUUCGGCCGUGAGCCGCCAAAUGGACGUGUACGCGUCCAAAUACUCUGUACUCUGUGGCGGAGUCAUCAAGAGUGGUAUAUCUAUGGACAGCGGUGGAGUGUAUACUGUUAUGGUGGACAAGGCAGAUGGAGAUCAUAUUGAGGCCAGCGCCAGCGUGAUAGUACUGACGGAGCCCAACUCCAUCACCAUGGCGCUUCUUCUCCCUCAGUAUCUCAUCAUAUCCAUAGCUGAGGUGUUAUACGCGGUGACGGGCAACGAGUUCACGUUUAAGGAGGCGCCGGACAGCAUGAGGGCGGUGAUGACGGCGGUGUGGCUGAUGACGGAGGCUUUGGGGAACGUGCUGAUCAUCAUCAUCACACGCCUCUGUGUUAAUUGCCGACAGGAAACCCAGUCCUUCAUUUACACGGCGCUAAUGUACAGUUCCCUGGUGGUGUUCUGGUAUCUCUCUCGCGGCUACCAGUUCGCCAGGGAGGAGAGAAAGAGACAGAACAGCGAAGUCCUCUACCUCCAGGUGAAACAGGCUGAAGACUGCUUGGAUCAUUGAAAGGCUAACUAGGAGACAUUUAAUGAUUACUUAACUUUAAUUUGAUG